AUGGAUAGCUCUGCUUUUAUCAAUAACUCAUAAGUAUUACAUUAAGUUUAACCAAUCCGCACUGAUUAAAAGCCCAAGAUUCUUUAUAGCCAAAGACCACCUCUUGCAAAGAGAGUCCCUACCUAGUAAAGUUAGAGAUCUGGAUUAAAUCUCAAAUAAUUUGAGGAUUACUAUAUGAAAAACCUCCAACACAUAACAAAGCGUUUGAGUGAUUAGAACUAAAGUAGUAUCAUAGAAUAAAAAGAAAAUUUAAGUUUUACUUAGGAAGAUCAAGAUGCAAGAAUAGAUGAGAGAAGAUAAAGUAAAACAAGGAUCCAAUCAGCAAAACCUUUUAAAGAUUAAUAUAAUAGCACAGGCAAAAGUAAUACCAGCAAUAAUAACAACAUAAGGAGUAGCAGUUAAAGCAAUAGAUAAUAUGAUGAGAGACCAAGUCAGAUGAAAAAUCUGAUAGCUAUAUCUAUCAAAAGUUACGAAAAACCAGUCAGAGAUCUUCAAUCUGCCAAAGCAAGUCAUAGCUAAUUGGCUAGAGCUGGUUUGUAAUUUUUCAGAAGAGUGGAUAGCGCUGAACCAAGAAGAUGCGAGAGUAAGAAAUCAAUAAGGGAUGAUUAUAUAACUAGUCAAAAGACUAGGUAAAAUGUUAUCCCAACUAAGCAUAUUAAUAUUUCAACUAGCGAUGUAAACAAUUCCUUUAUCGAAUAAUAAUCAAGCGAUGGAAGCCUUUUAAAAUAAAAAAAUCUCUCUCAUAAUGGAUCACAAGCAAGACUUGGAAAACAGCAAGAUCUUAAGAGAUAAAACUCUGAAAUUACAAAACCCUCCACAGCAAAAUUAGAGAAUAAUUAAUCUGAAAGAUUAAGACGAUUAAAUUCUAUACAGUAAAAUGUACCGCUUCCUUAUAUAAGUGCUCAAUCUUGGUCUAUUUAUGAUAUAAAUUAGAAAAAAUUCUUAAAUGGGAAAAAAGAAAAUUAUAAGAGGGAGGUAGCAUCAAUCACUAAAAUGAUGACAUUUUACACCUGCCUUAAGAUUAUGGAAAAAUUUAGCAUCGAUCCUUCAACAACGAUUGUUAAUGUAUCUAGAACAGCAUCAAGAACAAAUGGCACAUCUGCUUGUUUAAGAGAAGGUGAUCAGCUAAGUAUUGAUUAGCUGUUCUAUGGUUUAAUGCUUCCGUCAGGAAACGAUGCAGCAUAUUGCUUGGCCGAAUAUUUUGGUUAGUAUUUAAAUGACAAUAAGUAUAAAGAUUAGUCUGUAUAAAGCUUUUAGUUUUAAUGGUCCAUUGUACGGUAUUUCCUAAAGGAAAUGAAUCUUAAUGCAUUUAAGCUAAGAAUGUUUUAAAGUCAAUUUGAUAGUCCACAUGGACUAGCAAAUAAGCAUAAUUAUUCGACAGCAUCUGACAUAUGUUUGCUAGCCACUAAAUGCAUGGAAAUUGAAAAAUUCAGACAGGUGGUAAAUACAAUUGAAUACAAGACCUCAGCCAUGUCAUCUAGUAAUGGUAAAAAAUAAACAAAGUAUGUCUGGGAAAAUACGAACAAACUUUUAGGAUAAGUUGAUGGAUUUAUUGGUUGCAAAACUGGUAUCACAAACCCAGCUGGACCUUGUUUCUGUGGAGGAUAUGAAAAAGAUGAUCAUAAAUACAUAGUUGUUGUCCUAUGCUCGAAGUCUAUGGAGGCUAGGUGGGUAGAAGUACCAAAGAUAGUGGAUUGGGCAAUUAAGAAAAAGAGAAUCACGAAUGAAUACAACAACUCAAAUAAAGGAGGGAGUAAAGACGGAGAUAAAUCACGAAUUGUUAGAAUAAUUUGA